AUGUCAGUGGCAGUUCAAGAUAGAGAAGAUGCACUUUUAGAUGCAGCAAAUACUCCAACAGCUCCUCCAAGAUAUUUGGGAUUCGUAGCUGGUAUGUUCUCGGGGGUGAUGAAAAAUGUUGUAGGACAUCCAUUUGAUACAAUUAAAGUCAGAUUACAAACUGCACCUGAGGGUAGAUUCAAAGGACCAAUGGACUGUGUCUUGCAGACCUUGAAGAACGAAGGACCUAAGGGGUUUUAUAAGGGGUUCACACCUCCAUUGGUGGGAUGGGUCAUGAUGGACUCUGUGAUGUUGGGAUCUUUACAUUUAUACAGAAGACUUGUAAAAGAAAAUUUCUACCCAGAAGAAAAGAAAUUGCCAUUAUUUGGCCAUGUCGUCGCAGGUCUCGGUUCUGGUUUAACUGUUUCCUUUGUGGCUGCACCUAUCGAACAAUUCAAGGCAAGACUUCAAGUUCAAUAUGAUGCCAAUAGUAAAAUAUAUAGUGGUCCAAUCGAUGUGGCAAGAAAACUUUAUCAAGUAUCAGGAGUAAGAGGGAUUUACUCAGGUUUAUGCUCUACUAUGAUUUUCAGAACUAAUUUCGUAUUUUGGUGGGGAUCUUAUGAAUUAUUUACUCAAUGGUUCGAAAAGAACACUCAAUUAUCUAAACCUUCUAUUAAUUUCUGGUCCGGUGGAUUAUCAGCUUCAGUAUUUUGGAUCUUUGCAUAUCCUGCUGAUGUUGUAAAACAAACAAUCAUGACAGACAGUCCAAUUCGUGCAGAGAAGAAAUUCCCUAGAUGGAUUGAUGCCGUUAAAUAUAUUUAUAGAGAACGUGGGUUGGCUGGGUUUACCCGUGGGUUUGGUCCAUCAAUCUUGAGGUCAUUCCCAGCUAAUGCUGCCGCUUUGGCUGCUUUUGAAGCAGUAAUGAGAUUUUUACAUUAA